AUGAUUGCACAUAUUUUGUUUAAAUAAGAAGCAAAAUCAAAAUUCAACGGUUUUCAUAUGUUUAUGGUUUUUAACUGGCUAAUUAUGUCUUCGAUUGAAGGUCUGGUAAUUGAAAAAAAUUAUUCAGAUUAUGAUGAAAAAUUAAUUGAGGUUUCUCUUAAAGUUGAAAAAAGUUUAUUCAUUCAUGAGUAAGGAUUCAACUUGCUUGGGUUUUACUUGAAAUGCAUAAACUCAAUCAAAAUAAAGAUUUCCUACAGAAUUAAUUACCUUGAAGAUUCUUGGAUUGUGUCUAUUUGA